UUUCAGCAAACCCCGGAAACAUCGUUCUUUAAAGGGACACUGAUCUAUUUCAUGGCGGAGGUCUUCGAUGAGCACAGCUGAAGCGCAGAAAAGCAAAUACGAAAUACGAGCGACGUAGCCAGACAGCAAGCAAAAGAGAUAGCUAGUUGUGUUCAGAGAGAAGAGGAGAGACGACAAGACGGAUUUUUUUCCUAUGACCGACGCUGCAAUCAACCUUUCUUCAAAGCUAGCUAACGUUUCUAUAGCAAUCCUAUCUUUGAAUUUAAACAGAGACGUUUGAUGUGAAGUCGACCAGGGUUGUCCUACAGCGAAAAUAAAAGGCCAAAACUGCGUUUCUGAGACGAAGGGAAUGUCUAAUUAACAUCCCUGUACGUGUCAAGCUUGUCAUUCCCUUCGUGUAGGUGCUAGUUACUGCGCUGGGUUUCUCUGUGGAAUGACCGUGUCAUGAUGCAGUCGCUGAGUCUCACCCCGCACCCAGAUGACGAGGGAGGGUGUCUCCGGCUGUCGGCCAAUCACAGAAGGUGCUCUAGGAUAGUCACUUCCUGUUUGUGUUCAUCAAUACUUCCUCUCGGAACCCUCCAGCCUCACUGACGUCCCGCCCCCUUGGUGCUAUGCGUCUCUACUUCCUGGUUUACCGUGUGCUGAUGAUGUCACAGAAGGAAGUAUAGGACCUCUCUUCCUGUAGAACAUCAGCCUCCUUGCACUUUCUAGAACAUCCUGUUCCUGCUGCUACUUGACUUCCUGUUAAUUGCACAACGUCUCUCAGACGCUCUAAGGCUCUGACCUCUAACCUCUGAACCCAAGCAGCCAUGAGGCACAUUCACGUAGAACUGACGCGCGGCAGCAAGGAGGAGCUGGCUCCUGUGGAGCUUCCAUCCGACGAGGGGGACCUGUCUCCUCCCGCGGCCCCCUCACAGGGCCCAGAUCCCGGGCUGAUGGUCGGGGUUUCCAGGCACUUUGGUCAGGAGCAGCUGCGUCUCCAGAAGGUCUACCAGCUCUCUAUCUUCUCCCAGCUGGGGGGGUUCUCAACCUCCGACCCCCCCAGGACGAGUGAGGCCCAGCCGGGACAGGCCCCUCGGAUGGCCAGGCCGGGGGUCAAGAGGGGCCUGGAGGAGCCCAAGCUUAGCCACAAAUGGCCCCACCUGUCUGGGGACACGUACAGAGAUGAUGGAGCCCUGGAAGAAGGGGUUUUGUGUGGGCCAGGACCUGGGGUUGGGAUGGGGGUUGGGCAGGUAUUCUCCUGCAUCACGGUGGAUCACAGAGACUCAGAUGGGGACCUGUCACCUAGAUCCCCCCCACCUGAACCCCUCUCCCCCGGCCACGUCCCCGCCCGACGCCCCGCCCAGCACAACCACGACAGGCCCGUCCCGGACCCGUGGGCUCCGCUGUCUCCCAAAUCGCCUCCCAUGGUUGAGCCCCAUAGCCCCCUUGGUUCCCGCAGCCCGUUACCCAGCACAGAGCCUCCUCCUGAUCCUGGAGGGUCCGGGGAGGGCUGCAGUAGUGGCUCCUCAUCAUCAGGACAGUGUCAGCCUAACUCCUGCAGUGAUGAGGGUUCCUAUUGGGCCCUCGGAGCCUUCGAAACCCCCAACCCCCCUGGACCUCCCCUUGGACCUACAGGCUCCCUCUCCCCCCACUACCUUCUCACCACAGACCCCCAGGGGCCCGGGGAGGGUAGAGAAUGUGGGGCCAAACUGGAAUCCUCCCCACCCCAUCCCAGUAGCACAGCAUCCACCAACGAGCUGGCCUCCCUGGAGAAGACCCCCAGCACCAGCGGGUUCCGUGGGGUCCCCUCGGUCCCCUGCCCGGCUAAGAAGAAACUUAUAUCCUCUAGCGACACAGCAGAGUCGUGUUCGGAGGAUGAGGGCCCCUCUACCUCUAAGAGGAGCCGUCUUGCACUGCUGGCCCCUGGCUUAGGGCUGGCCUCCUGCAGGGGCACCGAUGCCAAGGCUGCCCCCUUCUGGAACCACCUGCUGCCUAACGCUCAGGGCCGGGCCCAUGCCAAGAGUGUAUCAGAAGUCAGCAGAACCAGCAGGAGGCUGAAAAGUCGACAGCUGCGUAGUGGGCGGCGUACAGACACCUUGUGUCGUUCUGCUCGGUCAGGCUGGCCCUCUUCCUCAAUCAGCCGGUCACUUUUGGGCAACUUUGAGGAGUCGAUCCUGAAGGGUCGUUUCUCUCCGUCGGGUCGUAUCGAGGGCUUCACAGCAGAGAUCGGUGCCAGCGGAUCCUACUGCCCUCAACACGCCACUCUGCCUGUACACGUCACUUACUACGACAUCUCAGAGCACAGCGCACCCUCACCCUUCUUGGGAGUGAUCUCCUUGGAGCCUCUUGGAAAGAAAGGAUACAGUGUACCCAAAGCAGGGACCAUCCAAGUGACCUUAUUCAACCCAAAUAAAACUGUGGUGAAGAUGUUCCUCGUGACCUAUAACUUUGGGGACAUGCCCGUCAAUCACAUGACCUUCCUGCGUCACCGCAUCUUUCUGGUUCCCGUGGAGGAGGCCGGGCCAGAUGGGGAGGGGGAGGGGCCUACAGAGCCCAGGGCAACGCCCACAGAGAGGAAGAAGAUUCUCUGCUACUUGAUACACCUCCGAUUCCAGAGCUCCAAAUCUGGGAAGAUUUACCUGCACAACGAUAUCCGGCUGCUUUUCUCCCGCAAGUCCAUCGAGGUGGACACGGGGAUCCCUUACGAGCUUAAAUCUUUCACCGAGGUGCCAAGAAACCCCAAAUACUCCCCCCGUGUGUGACCCUGCGGCUCCUCAUCCCUGACCCCUAACGCAGCCCGGAAUGGUGCACAGACAGACUGCGCAGUACAUUGACGAGAACUUGAAUAGACUAUACAUACAUACAUACAUACAUACAUACAUACAUACAUACAUACAUACAUACAUACAUACACUAUAUAUGUAUGUGGACACCCCUUCAAAUUUGUGGAUUCGGCUAUUUGAGCAAUACCCGUUGCUGAUAGGUGUAUAAAAUCGAGCACACAGCCAUGCAAUCUCCAUAGACAGGCCAUUCCACUGCCAAUGCUUUACUGAAGAGCUCAGAGACUUUCAACGUGGCACCGUCAUAGGAUGCCACCUUUCCAACAAGUCAGUUUGUCAAAUUUAUGCCCUGGUAGAGCUGCCCCGGUCAACAACGGCUCAGCCGCAAAGUGGUAGGCCUCACAAGCUCAAAGAACGGGACCGCCGAGUGCUUAAGCGCGUAGCGUGUAAAACUCGUCUGUCCUCGGUGGCAACACUCCGUUCCAAACUGCCUCUGGAAGCAACGUCAGCACAAUAACUGUUUGUCUGGAGCUUCAUGAAAUGGGUUUCCAUGGCCGAGCAGCCGCACACAAGCCUAAGAUCACCAUGCGCAAUGCCAAGCGUCGGCUGGAGUGGUGUAAAGCUCGCCUAUAUUGUACUAUGGAGUAGUGGAAACGCGUUCUCUGGAGUGAUGAGUCACGCUUCACAAUCUGGCAGUCUGACGGACGAAUCUGGGUUUGGUGGAUGCUAAGAGAACGCUAUCUUUCCCAAUGCAUAGUGCCAACUAAAGUUUGGUGGAGGAGGAAUAAUGGUCUGGGGCUGUUUUUCAUGGUUCAGGCCCUUUAGUUCCAGUGAAGGGAAAUAUUAACGCUACAACAUACAAUGACAUUCUAGACGAUUUUGUGCUUCCAACUUUGUGGCAACCGUUUGGGGAAGGCCCUUUCCUGUUUUAUCAUGACAAUGCCCCCGUGCACUAAGUGAGGUCCAUACAGAAAUGGUUUGUCGAGAUUGGUGUGGAAGAACUUGACUGCCUGGACAGAGCCCUGACCUCAACCCCAUCGAACACCUUUGGGAUGAAUUGGAACGCAGACUCUGAGCCAGGGCUAAUCACCCAACAUCAGUGCCCGAGCUUACUAAUGCUCUUGUGGCUGAAUGGAAGCAAGUCCUCGUAACAAUGUUCCAACAUCUAGUGGAAAGCCUUCUCAGAAGAGUGGAGGCUGUUAUAGUAGCAAAGGGGGGGACCAACUCCAUAUUAAUGCCCAUGAUUUUGGAAUGAGAUGUUUGACGAGCAGGUGUCCACAUACUUGUCGUCAUGUAGUGUACAUACAUACAAACAUGCACAGACAACAAGCAUUGAUCGAUACUUGCACCCAAGCUAAGCAGACUCAUGUGUAUACACAACUCACAGUACAUAUGACCACUCUUCUGUCUAGAGUUGAGUGUUAACAUGCAUGCCUUGUGACUAACCUAAAACCAGUUUUCCUCUAGUGCCAUUCGUUUCACACACACUUCACUCUGCCUGCUUGCACCUGCCCCCUCACCCCCGCGGUGGACCAAUGACAACCCUGCCACCUCAAUCAGCCAGCCAAUAGGAAGCCGGCAAGCCGCUAAUGGAGCACACGUUGGGAGAAGAGGACUGUAGAGCAUUAAACAAGCACAUCCCAGUAAAGGGGAGGGACAAAACACAAACUGUAUUUAACUGGAGAAGAGAUGAGAGAAGAAGAGAGAGAGGAGCAGUAGUUAAACAAAGACUGAUUUAUCUCAAUCAAUUAAAGAAUAAAGACACACCCUGCAAACGCCGAAACAAUUGGCUACACUCAGGACUUAACUGUACUGUAUUUUGAUUGAAGCCUAUAGAGACGUUCCAGGGAACCUUCCCCCAUUUCGAGCGUCAUGGUACGGAUCACUGUGUCGGAUGUAAGCGGGGAAUAUACCAUGAAGCGGUGGAAGGGGUGGAUGCCUCCUUUUCAUGUGGACAGAUGGAAGUUUCACUGUGUCUUCUCUUUCUGUUCAAAACAGUCUGAAAUGAGAGCAGAAGGAAAGUGAGCAACAAAAAAAGCUGUAGGAUUUAAGUUAUGUUCGCAAAUGUCUUAAAAAGCUGCACAAUUAGACUGUUUUUUUUUUUUAGCCGGACAUGCUUUUGCUGCAUUAAAAACGUCACCAUAUUCCCUA